AUGCGCUACUCCAUCAUCAGCAACCUUCUUCUUUUGGCUGUCUCCCCUCUCUCUGCCCUCGCGCUUCCCGUCGACCCCAACAACGUGGCCGGCCAGUGGGACCCUAGUGGAAAGUACCAAAAGGGCCAGUGGCAGCAUGGCGUGUUUGUCGCCAACAAUGGGGAUAACCAACAUGGCCAAGUCGAUAAGAAUGGCCAGUGGAACAACAAAAACCAGCAAGGUCAAUACAACCCAAACCAAAAUGGCUGGACUGAUGCCAAUGGCCAGUGGCACACCAACAACCAGAAUGGACAGAAUGGACAGAACGGCUGGACUGACGAGAAGGGCCAAUGGCACGCCAACGGCCAGAACAACCAGAACCAGAAUGGCUGGACCGAUGCCAACGGCCAGUGGCACGCAAACCAGAAGAGACAGGCUAUCCCCGCUCAGGCAAACCCCGCUACCAAUCUGAAUGGCCAUCUGAAUGGAGCUGGCAACACCCAGGUCACUCCCAGCUCCCCAAACAAUCACUACGAGAGCUAUGGUAACUACAAGAACUAUGGCUCUUACCAGAACUACCCCAUCAACGGACAGAAUCAAGCUCAGAACAAGGAUGUCAAGGCUAUUACUGGUCACCAGGAGUAA